AUUAUCAGGAUCAGACUCAUUCUUUGGACUGUUUUCAUCGGUCAGUUUGUCCUCUUGGUCAGCAGUAACAGCUAGAGAAGGUUUAUUUGUCAAACAUUUUGAAGCCCAAAUGUCCUCCAGUUCUGGAAUGAGCCAGAAACAGUAAACAGAGGGAGGUAGACGAAAGUAUUCAGAUGGUUUUUGGUUUAAUUAGUGCAGCUGGUCGAUCAGUAGACGGAUCUCAGGUGUGUCAGGUGAAGAGGAACAUGUGGAAACAUGAGAAAAACCAGCACAAACCAAAGGAAGAAGGAGAAAGCAGCAGGAAAGGGAGUCGAGGGAACCAAUGACACGAUGACAGUCACAUCCAGAAAGUCUCUGCCAACCGGGUUUAAAGGAAAUGUGUCAUCAAAGGACUUUAUUCUGGAAACUCGAGAGUUCAGCGGUUUCAGCAUGACAGGAUCGUGGAGUUGAUGGAAUGGUGUCCGUCUCGCCGAUCCGUCUGAGGACUAUGGAGGAUGGAUUCCGUGAAUCUGUGACGUCUCCGUCCUCCUUCCUCCUGCCGACGUCCAGACCCAGAGAGCAGAUGUGGUCCAGUCGGACAGAAAAACCAGAGAAAACCCAAGGAAAGUUGGAGUUAAAGAUGCUGCCGGUUCAGGAUCUGAGGCCUUAAGAAAUGGAUUUUAACUGUGAGGAGAAGAAAACGCUCAUCAUUUAAAGUGUCUGAAUUCAGGAGGAGAAGAAGAAUCAGGAAACGCUGCCAAGGGAUCAGAAGCAACUGUGGAUGGAGGGGUCUGGAAGUCCUCGCUUCAGAAAGCUUCACUUCCCGGUGGGUUUGUGGAUCAACUCGCCCCGGAAACACUUCGCCAAACUGGGUGGUCGCUGGCCGAGUGCCAUCUCUGUCAAGUCGACCACCAGCUCGGACGCCGCCUCCCUCCACGACGCCCCCUCUGCUCCAUCCUCCUGCCUCUCUACCUCCACCCCCUCGCUGGCGUCCCCCGCCCCGUCCCCGUCUCCGUCCCCGGCCUUCCUGCGGCCGCGGCCCGCCGGCCCUCAGUCCCGCACCAAGCGCCUUUCCCACCUCUUCCUGCGGGGGCGCUCCAACAGUGACCGGGACCGGGCGGUGGGCGAGCGUGAGAGGGAGGUGUGGGCCCACUCCGCCGCCCCGUCCUCCCACCACUACCUGCCCCCGGCCUCCUCUACUGCCCCGGGGCUGAUCAAGAUCUACGGCGAUGCCCUCUCCAGCGGCGCCAACUACCGCUCCCUGCUGGCCAACGCCCACUCCACGGCCCGGCAGCUCAUCGCCCAGGUCAUCACCCGCUACACCGAGAGGGAGCGCGACGAGACGGACGACGCAGUUCUGCAGAAGCACAGCCCCGAGGACUUCCUGCUGUGCGACGUCAUCGGAAAGCCCGUCCAGCAGCCAGAUGGCGCCGUCAGGUGGGAGACGGAGUGCCGGAGGAGCGUCGCCGCCUGGGAAUGUCCUCUGCUGCUGGUGGACAUGUGGAGGCCCAAGGACGGCUUCGAGCGGCGCUUCGAGAUCCAGAGGAAGGACGACUAUGAGAGGGAGGAGAGGGAGAAGGAGCAGGAGAGGGAGGGGGAGAACUACCAAGGUGUGCGCUGGAGGCGGAGCCGGAUGUCAUCAGGCGGACCGGAGGAAACGGAGCGAGGACAUCGGGGCAGGAACACGGAGCUCAGGAGGAGCAUCAGCGACAUGAACCUGAGUCUGCGCCGUCGCCAGGGCAACCACGUCGCCAACGAGCCCCGCGGCCAUGGCAACCGGCCCAACAACGGCAGCACGGCAACGCACGACAGGAAGAACAUCGUUAGCAUGAUCAACCCGCAGCCAGGAGAGGUCAGAGCGUCCAGAGCCGAGGCGAAGGUCGGAUGGACGAACCAGCCGGCAGAGGACGAGAAGGAUUACUCCAGCUGUGACCUGGAAGUGAUGUCACAGAGCCUGAUCCUGCCGCCCACGGACCGGCCCUACUUCCUGCUGCUGCAAGGCUACGACCAGAGCAAGGACUUUGUUUUGUACAUCAUGACGGCUCAUACCCAUGUGUUCGGGAGGAAACCUACGAUGAGGGAGCGAGAGAAGGACCGAGAGAGGGAGAGGAAGGGCAAGAGGCCCCUGAAGGUGGAGACCUUCCUGUCGGCUCCAGACCUGCUGGCCAGACACCUGCUGGUCCGGAGAGACUCUGCUGUUCCUGACACACCUGUCGGACAAGCCCUGAUGCGUCCCUUCAGAGGAGGAGCCGUCACCCAUAACGGCGUGGCCUUAUACCGGGAGGCCGUCCUGAAGCCCGGUGACGUCAUCGGGCUGGGGAACCACUUCCUGUUCCUGUACCGUGACCCCCGUGUGACCCCGGCUCCCCCUCCGGCCCUGACGCUGCCCUGGCAGGCCGAUUCCAGCUGCUGCCCGUCGGGGCUGGUGGACCGGCAGGAGGCCCUGAGGCAGUACCUGGGCUCCACGGAGGCGGAGCUAAAGUUCCAUCCUCGCCAUGCCGAUGCCUUGCUCCAGGAGAUCAUCUCUAAGAACUCCUCACCGGACUCUGGUGGAGGACCUUUAGCUCCGGCUUACCUCCUGUCAAUCAUGAUAGACCACGCCUCCAAACACCUGGACCCCGCCCUCACACCUCAGAUACUACUCAAGUCGGCCAAUCUCAUUAAAGAAAUAGUCUGGGAUAACAUUAAGGAAUUCGGGGACAAGCAUCCCACGCAAAACUCCACAGAGCAGGAGGCGGAGAUCGGAGCUCCCAACGUCCAGAAGCUCUCCUCGGAUCUACGGCCGCUCAUGUUCUGGAUGUCCAACGCCACCGAGCUGCUCAACUUCUUCCAGGUCAAAGUGGAGACCAUGGAGAAGGAGUGGGAGUUCGAAGCUCCUGGAGACCCCGUCCUCACCGCCGACAUGGACACCUGUUCAGAGGCUCUGGCUCAGCUUGAUGACGUCAUCAUGCACACCUUCCAGCAGUGUGUUUACCACCUGACCAAGACGCUGUACUCGCUGCUCCCAGCCCUCCUGGACUCCAACCCGUUCUCCAGCGAGGAGAAGGAGAAGGAGAAGGACGGAUGUGGAGGAGCGUCUGGGGAGGAGAAGCGAGGAGGUGAAGAGGAGGUGGACGACGUGUCGGCUCUGCCUCCGAAGGUGGCCGGACUGGUGGAGGUCUAUCGCUGCUCCCUGAUGCUGUCCAGAGAAGCCUGUCUGUCGCCACCACUCACCUCCCAGACCUUCGGCUACCUCUUCUUCUUCACCAACACCUCCCUGCUCAACACGCUGCUGGAGAGAGACGGCCUGUUUUCUUGGUCCAGGGCGGUUCAGAUCCGGACCAACCUGGACCUGGUCCUGGACUGGCUGCAGGGAGCCGGACUAGGAGACAUCGCCUCCGAGUUCAUGAAGAAACUCUCCAUCACCGUCAACUUCCUGUGCAUCCCGAAGACCCGGCUGAUCCAGUCGUCGUGGAGCAGCCUCCAGGAGGACCACGCCCUGCUAAGCGCCUCCCAGCUCCAUCACCUGCUGACCCACUACAAGCUGGGCCCGACCAGAGCUCCUCCGGCCUCCUGGGCUCCUCCACCCGGCACCGAGCUCAGCGGAGACAUCUUCGAGAGCUUCCUGGACCACCCUCCCCUCAUCCUGCCCAAUGAGACGCCUCGCCUCGACCUCUCCCAGCCAAUCCCGAGCCCCGAGCUGCAGAAGGAGGUCACACGGCUGCGCACCUUCCUGUGGGGGCUGGACCAGGACGAGCUGCCGGCCAAUCAGAGGACUCGGCUCUGACAACGCCCAUAUUAGGAAACUUCUAACUUCAUAUCGCUUCAUUUAUGCCUUCUAGAUAUCGUCAGGUAGAAUAAACGAGCUCCUGUGGUUGGUCUCUGUGGAUUUAUUUCAGCCCGCUGCUGUUUUUCUCUGCAAGAAAGGGUUUCUUGGCUUCCAUGUAUGUUUUCAAACUGCUUGUUUUUAAUAAAACGCUGAGUUCUGGUGUGAA